UAAUUGACGAUUUAAUUCAGAUCAGCACAAAGAUCUUCAAUUCCCCAAAUCUUCUUCGAACACGCACCGAUCAAUCGAUGGAGAGCCCUUUCUUCUUCUCGAACGAUCCUUGGAGUGCCGCAGCUCGACGCCGUCCCAGCGGGAGAGGCACGCAGAGGCCCCUCUGCUAUGUUUCCGACCCAUGGAGCGCUCCCCACCGUUAUUCCGGUCGAACCAAUCAGUUCCCUGAGUCGGCGCCCACUCGUGCACCAGAGCCGUCGCCUGCCCCAAGGCCUCGCGUUGUUUCCAUCCCCGUCCACUUUGGCCGAUCUGACGACGCCACCGAACCUGCUGGGCCAAUUCGGCCGGAAACCUCCAAGUCAGACGCCGCCGUCGCUAUCCAGAGAGUUUUUCGAGGCUACAUUGUGCGCAAGAACAUCAAAAUACUUUCUCAGGUCGCCUUGGAGGUGGAGGAGACUGAGGGAAGGCUCCGCGCCAACGAGGCGCGGUUGAGGGUGGACCCCAAGGAGCGAUUGCGGAUGAAUGAAAUGCUGAUGGCGCAGCUUCUUCGCCUCGAUUCCGUCCGCUGGGUCAGGGAGUAUCGGAGAAAGGUGAUCCGAAAGGUGAUCACGCUACAGGAGUUUCUGGAUGCGAUCUCGGUCCAAAUUGAAGAAUCCCCCAAUUCGGUCAAUUCUCAAGCAACUGCGAAGAUGAACUCGAAUUAUGUUGAUUCUAGUGGUAUGUCUAGCGAUGUUGUCUCCAAUACGAUUUCACAAGACGCAAUUUGCGCCGUCGCUGAGGAAGUCAGUCCAGAUAGUAAAGAUCCAAUCUUGGGCUCCAUUGAAGAUGGCGAAGAUGCAGAAAAGAAAUCGGUUGGCAAUGUGUCGUCCGAAGAGGGAUUCAAAGCCCAAGAUUCCCUAGCUUGCAGGAAUGACUCUGAGGAGGAGGAAAGGAUGUCGGAAGAUGAAGGAUUCAUGGUGGUUGCAGCAGAGGAAGCAACCUGCAACUCCCCGGCGGACGUGCAUUCGCAGAAAGAUCCUGGUCUCGAGUUAACGGAGCAAGAGACUUGUGAGGUUGAAGCAAUGGAGGAAGUUGUGCAAUUGCCUGAGGAUUCUGCCCGAAUGACUGUGGAAGAUGAAGGAUUCACGGUGGUUGCAGCAGAGGAGGCAACCUGCAACUCCCUGGCUGGCACCUAUUCGCAGCAAGAUCCCGGUUUUGAGGUAACGGAGGAAAAGAUGAAGGAGGAGGCAACGGAGAAAGUCGUGGAAAUGCCAGAGGAUUCUUCCUGGAUGACUGUGAAAACUGGGAAUGGUUCGACGGAGGUUUCAGGGGUGGAGGAGGCACUGAAGAAGGUGAUGGCGGAGAGCGAGAGGCUGCAGGGGUUGGUGGCGGCCUUGUGCGACUGGAACGCGGAGCAAUGUAGGCUGAUGGCAGGGCUGGCCGAUAGGGUGGGGAGCUUGGAGCUGGCUGUGCAGCGGAUGGAGAAGAGGAACAAGAAGAAGUGUGGUAGGGGUAGAUGCUGAUGGAGUAGUAGUUCUUUGUUUGUCAAACCAUGCAGUAUUUUCUGAUGAAAUUGGCAUAACUUUGAAUGCUUAGUGAAAUAAAUGAAUGGAAAGAAUAUUGUCCCAAAGUUUUUGGCCAGUAAAUCUUGUAAGUGAAUGUUUCUCUAGUCAAAGUGUAGUCUAUUAGAUGCUGGCAAGGAUCCCAAAGCCAAGAACUAUUUUGGAUAGAAGAUUUUCAGUGUUUAAGUUGUUCCGCCAAUAGCUUUUGGCGAAGUCCAUUCUUAUAUGUGAAUGUUUUUGGGCAAUACACCUUGUAAGUGAAUGUUUCUCCAGUCAAA